AAGAGCAGCUCUUGAUUUUCACAUCCCCACAUAUUACAAGGCAAAAACUUGAAGUAGUAGCUUGAGGGAGUUGAACUACCCAACUGGACAUUCUACCAACAUUUUCUUCCUUUCAUCAUAAAAUGCCAUUUCAAAUGCUUCAUUCAUAUCUCUUCCAUUCUCUGAUUUAAACUCUUCUCAUUCAUAUCUAUCUAUGGCGGCUUUCUUCUCCCUUCUCAGGCGUGUCUACCUCACCGCCUACAAUUUUACCCUCUUCGCUGGAUGGUUUCUGGUUCUGUUUACUGUUCUGAAGACGUUGAAGGAAUCGGGCCAUGAAAACUUAUACAUUGCUGCCGAAAAACCUUUGUUUUUUUCCCAAACUGCAGCUGUUCUUGAGAUUCUUCAUGGUUUGGUCGGCCUGGUGCGGUCUCCAGUAACAGCAACCUUGCCGCAGAUAGGUUCAAGGUUGUUCGUGGCUUGGGGCAUUUUAUGGAGUUUCCCCGAGACUCGGACUCAUGUGCUUGUUGCCUCCCUACUAAUCAGCUGGUCCAUCACCGAGAUUAUUCGCUAUUUUUUCUUUGGCUUGAAAGAGGCAUUUGGAUCUUCCCCUUCAUGGCUUUUGUGGCUCAGGUAUAGCACCUUUAUAGUGCUAUAUCCAACAGGCAUCAGCAGCGAGGUUGGUCUGAUAUACAUUGCCUUGCCAUUCAUGAAGGCAUCAGAGAAGUACUGCAUAAGGAUGCCCAACAAAUGGAACUUCUCAUUCGAUUACUUUUGUGCUGCUAUUGUUGUAUUGGGAAUCUAUGUUCCAGGUAGCAUACAUCUGUAUAGUUACAUGCUUGCACAGAGGAAGAAAGCUCUAUCAAAAUCAAAGAAAGAGUAGAGUAGCAUUUUUAGUUUGUUCACUUUUGUUUAUUUUUUUCCAAACAUAGGAAGGAUAUGGACAUGUUUUGCUUCCGGUUCACAUAAAUUGUAGGUUAUUUAUCUCAAAGUCAAAACAAUGACUGUAUUCUUUUGUGCUAAAUUCCUAAUUUCUGAAAUGGCCAUACGCUAAAUAUUCACCAAUAGCUCAAAUGACCUUUGGAUCAGAAAUGACUCAACUUUAUGAAACAAGCAAGUUUCCGGAA